GCAGAGCCCGCCCGAGGGCGCAGCCGACCACGCCAGAGGAGGCGGCCGGGCGGCGGGGAACGGCGGGGGCGGAGCGCAGCCUCCCGACGCCGCAGCCUCCCGACGCCGCCGCCUCACCGCCCCCCUCCGCCUCUUCGUCCUCCGCUCGCAGCCGCCGCCUCCGCCUCCGCCAGGCUGAGGAGCCGGGAGUCCGCGGCGCCGGCUCGGGGCUGCGGGAUGGGGAGUUAGCGCCACGGUGGCGGCAGUGGCCGCAGCGCACCCCGCCGCCGCCCAGGAGCCCGUCCAGCCAGGGGUGCCGGGCGCGCCCAGCCCGCCCCGUAGCCAGGCCCGCGGGCGGCGGCGGAGCUGGGCAGGUGGAUGCGGCUGGAAGAUGGCGCCCUUGGGCCCGGGCAGCAGCGCCAGGCGGCGGUGCCGGCGGGUGCUGUACUGGAUCCCGGUGGUGUUCAUCACCCUUCUGCUCGGCUGGUCCUACUACGCCUACGCCAUCCAGUUGUGCAUAGUGUCCAUGGAAAACACUGGCGAACAAGUUGUGUGCCUGAUGGCCUAUCAUCUACUUUUUGCAAUGUUUGUCUGGUCAUACUGGAAAACUAUCUUUACAUUACCAAUGAAUCCUUCAAAAGAAUUCCAUCUCUCUUAUGCAGAGAAAGAUUUGUUGGAGAGAGAGCCAAGAGGAGAAGCCCAUCAGGAAGUUCUUAGGCGAGCAGCCAAGGAUCUUCCCAUCUAUACCAGGACCAUGUCUGGAGCCAUCCGAUACUGUGACAGAUGCCAACUUGUAAAGCCAGAUCGCUGCCAUCACUGCUCCGUCUGUGAUAAAUGUAUUUUGAAGAUGGAUCAUCAUUGCCCAUGGGUGAACAAUUGUGUUGGAUUUUCAAAUUAUAAGUUCUUUCUCCUUUUCUUGGCUUAUUCUCUGCUCUACUGCCUUUUUAUUGCGGCAACAGAUAUACAGUAUUUUAUCAAAUUUUGGACAAAUGGCCUACCUGAUACUCAAGCCAAGUUCCAUAUUAUGUUUUUAUUCUUUGCUGCAGCUAUGUUUUCUGUCAGCUUGUCUUCUCUGUUUGGCUAUCAUUGUUGGCUAGUCAGCAAAAAUAAGUCUACAUUAGAGGCAUUCAGAAGUCCAGUAUUUCGACAUGGAACAGAUAAGAAUGGAUUCAGCUUGGGUUUCAGUAAAAACAUGCGACAAGUUUUUGGUGAUGAGAAGAAGUACUGGUUGCUCCCCAUUUUUUCAAGUCUAGGUGAUGGCUGCUCCUUUCCAACUUGCCUUGUUAACCAGGAUCCUGAACAAGCAUCUACUCCCGCAGGGCUGAAUUCCACAGCUAAAAAUCUCGAAAAUCAUCAGUUUCCUGCAAAGCCAUUGAGAGAGUCCCAGAGCCACCUUCUUACUGAUUCUCAGUCUUGGACGGAGAGCAGCAUAAACCCAGGAAAAUGCAAAGCUGGUAUGAGCAAUCCUGCAUUAACCAUGGAGAAUGAGACUUAACUCCUCAAGCAAGAUAAAUUCAUACUUCAUAAAAGUAUCAAUGCUGUAGAUGGAUGGAAGAGGCUUCCCACAGGAAGGUGCCACCAGUCAGUUGUGCCUAUGUCCCUUUGGCUGGAAAUGCAGAAUAUGAAUUGAUUAGUUCUCUCUAAGCCAUUGCUUAAAAUAUAACGUUUUGGAUCCAAUACACACAUUGUUACAAGUAACACAAAUUCCUAUUAAAUAUUAAAAGUAGUUCUGGUUUAUUAAUCAAUGGGGAAAACAUCUUCUCCGAAAAACUUGGAAUAAAUCCAAGGACCAGUCUUUACCCAAAUAUAUGGGUAGCACAGUUUAUCACAUAGAAACUCCAUUAAUCAUCUGAUUUUCCGAAUCUGAAAAUCGAGACUAUUAAGAUAUUAAGAUUUCAGAGAUUUCAAGUCACAUUAUAAUGAUAAGCGUUAUUCAUAAAACUUGUUACCUUUAAGAAGGUGUAAGUGGCAAACCAUACUUCUUUUUUUUCCUCCGAUGUGAAUCCAGCCUCAGACUGAGUGAACUGUAAUAAUUAUGAAUUCAUUACAGAGUCCAGGUGGCCUGCAGUUGAAGAUCAGCAACCAUUUUUGCCUCACUUAAUUCCAGCCUUUUGUUCUCUGCUGGAAAAUAAGUGUGGACAUUGAAGCUUGAGCUCUCAAAGCAGUUGGCUAGAAUACUUUUGUCAGAAUACAGUACAUUUCUAUUACAUCAGAAAUAUAUUUUCAUUUCUUCUAAUCUUCUUAAAUUGGGAGGAAAUUUACGAUAGCAAUUAUGAAGAUUGUUUUAUGACAUUCUUUUGUCAGUUUGGCUUUCUAAAAAUCUCUUUUUAGAUUAUUUCUCCUGUUGAACAUAGUAAAAAUAUUGAAUUUCUCUUAAGAAUUCCUAAUAGGUCAAUAGAUUUACCCUCCAGUGAUAUCUGUAUUAUUUCUUUCUCGUCUCAUCAAAAUGAUGACAGGUAAACUAUAUUUUUCCUUAAACACCUGUUACGAUUAAAUUAUGCAAAUUAUUAAAUAAAAAUCAUACAACUUUUGGAAAGUUAGUUCAACAUGAACUGAAAUGGCAUGCUGUUUGGAAAUUUAGUUUGAGAUAAACUAAAGUGGUGUGUUUGUUGAUGCCAGAAUGUUCAGCUUCAGUAAAUAUAAUAAGCUCUUGUGCCUUGUAUGCGCUAUUUAAAGUUUUUUUUUAUUUGAGUCCAGUAUAAUUUAUGUAAAUGUUAACAAUUAGAAUAAUACUCUGUAUGCUUUUUUGGUACUGAUUUUGAGAAUUUAAAGCAGAUUAUCUUUUAAAACUGGACCAACUAAGUAAUUGGUAAUCAAAGAGAAAAUGGUAAUAAACUUUUCAAAAUCUUUGGUAAACCAAACAUUCAACACAGAAUAAACUAGAAGGCCAGAGGAUAAUGGAAUAAAGGAUCAUUGCAAUUACUUAUCCUUCCUAAAACUAUAGUUUUAUGUUAAUUGUGCUUAUGGAAGAAACAAUGUCAGCCAAGUCCAUUGUGUAGUUUGAGUGCAAUUCUUUAAACAAUAGAAAAAUCUGCAGUCUUUCACAGAUUUGUUUUAAGCUAAAGAGUUUCAUGUGACAAUCUGCUUCAAGAAAUCUCAGAAAAUAGGAUAACAUUUUAACUUUCAUUUUAGAGCACGUUUUGGUCAUUUUUUAAAAUACCUAAAGUGCCAGACUGGAACCUGUAGCUACUGCUAGAAGUCUUAAAACCAACAGCAGCACAGGAUGUAUUAAGAAUUAUAUGAAGUCAGGUUUGUGUUUUUUUCUUCAAAGCACAGUACUGUUAGCUGUUUUUGUGGACAGGAUUCGAUUAAGUAUUCCCUCUUGUCAAACGGGAAGCUAGGGGAAAAAGAGGGAUUUUUAUCCUUUACUCUGCUAGAGUAGUGUUAAUGCCCCUUUCCCGCAGUCUUUUAUAUAAUUAAAUACAUGUCAAUACACAUUAGAAUCAAAUUCGAAAAAGUUCAAACAAUUUCAUUGUUGUAAUUGUUCCCUUUCUGUUUUCAUAUAGUGAAUAACCUUUAAAGGGUUGUUCUGUUUUGUUUUGUUUUGAAUUAUAGGAGUUAUAGUUUUUGGAGAUGAUUGCAUAUCUCAUUAGAUAUGCAAUAUAAAUUUAUCUGAGUGAACAAAGUGCUUAAUAAAUAGAUCUACAUUUUGUACAUAUUUAUAUAAAAUUUACCUUUAAGUAUUUACUUUUAAAAAUUUAAUGGCUUAACUCGAACUCGAAGACACAUAUUUCAACUGUCCUUAUUGUCCAUUAAACUGAUAAUUUUGAUUUUUGUUUUUAUAGAUUUUACUAUAUAGGAAUCAAGAUUUAAGAAAUUUUGCAUUAAAAAUAGUGUACCAAUGCUUCAUAUAUGUUAGUUAUUUGCUAUUAUGUAGGGAAGAGGAUUGUUAUUUCAAAGAUAUAUUAAAGAACAGUUGCAUCUGAAUACAAUCAUGAUGCAUUCAAUGAAGUUCAUAUCCAUGAAUUCACUCCUAAUAUACCCUAAUAAAGUGGUUGAUCACCUUCAUUAUCUGUCUAUAAGAAAUUGCCUUUGCACUGACAAUGUAAAUUAUUUUAAGCAUAAAUUUUCCUAAUAGUUUAUUAGAGCUACUAAUGGCAAAAUUCAUGUCUUCAAUGUGGCCAUAACAUAGGUCUUUGGGGGAGGGGUGGUGAGAAGAUAAGGUAUUCACUUCGUAGUAGUUGAUUCUGAGGACAAUUAGAAACAGACUAUAAAACUCAAGUACACUGUAAUCAAAAGACAACUAUUGGAAACAUGGCAUAUGUUGACAAACUCUUAACUAGGGAAAUCAAAGAUACAAAUCAUGUUUAUAAAAAAUUACGCACGCAAUCAUGUGAUUCAUGCUUCAAGAAAACAUGAAAAAAGUGUUACUCCAUUAUGUUAUAAACUAGCAGAUUUUCCCUAUUUUGAAAUACAUGUAAACGGGCUCGGCUGAUUCUGAAGUCGUACUGUAUCCUUUGGUAUUUACUUAUAUUGUCAAAUACUUGUUUGUAAAAGUGAUGCUUUGAUCAAACAUAGAUACAAACCUCAGAAAAUGGUAAAUGCAAAGCAGUUUACAUUGUAAAUCAUGAAGUUAUCCUCCAGCACAACCAUCCCACCCACAUACCUAGACUACAGAUUCUGAUCUGUGAAUAUUUUGACCAAAGUGACAUUUCAACAAGUGGAUUUUUCACAAAUAACACGUGUUUAAUAUCUUUCUGCAGAAACGUGUUCUCCUAAAGCAGAAAACCACCUGGCUUAAUCCCAAAUGUUUUACACUUCUUUGCCACAUACUUAGCCAGUUCAGCACCGAUUUCCUCUUAUAUGUGGAAGGAGACUAUGUUACAUACCUGAAGUAUUUGUUACUCUUUUACAAAGAUACCACUAGAAUUUUCUCACUUUGCCUUGGUAAAAAUUCCUAGAUUCUACUUUUUAUUGCAAGUGUUAGCAAUUUGAUCUUGUAACGCCAUGAAAAGCAUUAAGUAGAAGCCAACAUUAACCUAGAUUUUACAACUGAGCAAUCUGUUGCCCACCACAUUUCCUUUAGAAUUUAUUACCAAAUGAGCUUAUUUUGUUACAGAACACAGGAAAUUGUUAUACUUUAUAAUGUUGCAAACCAUGCAUUUUCCUUUUCUCUUUUCCAUAAGAUUUAUUUUAUUAUAGUAGUGCCCUGGCUUGUAAACAGUGGACAUCACUGAAAGGAUGAAAUCAAGUAGGCUUGUUUCAAAGAAACUCCUGUCAAUCAACUAUGAAUAUGAAGUAUCUCCCAGAACAAUGUUCAGUGUUUCAGGAGACUCUGAAACAGGGCACCCAUUUUUUUUUCCUUCCUCAAAUACUCUCCUUGAAAUGUGAGCAAAGAACUAUGAUGAUGCAGUCCAGGUAUCUAAUAGCUCAAUCACCAACACCCUCUGAGAAUUGUUCUUAUACCAGCAAAAAGUUCAAAUACAAUAAUCUGGGCAAUGCCAACAGAAAACACUUUUAAUCAUUUGCAGACCUUUGUUGUUGCAGGAAAGUGAGGGCAAAAACAAACUGGUUAAAAAUGUUCAAAAACAGACCUUUUUGAUGUUCAUAGCCAGUAUUCAGUAUUUCUGUAUUGUUUACAAUUGGGGGAAAAUGUGUUAAGGCUAAUCAUCUGAGUGAUUUGAGUAGCAAUUAAACCAAAGGGACACUUUUAAUAAGUUAUUGUAAGCCCUGGUUUAUGGCUAGUUCCCUAUUGCUCAGGAAAAAUAGUACUACUUUAUGGUUUAUGAAAACAACCUAUGAUUUAUGUUGCAUCUUCCAGGGAAGGUUUAACAGGACAAGGAGCUGAAUCCUACCUGAAAUUAGUAAUACUUAAUAUAUUGCUUGUUUGAUGGAUAAAGGUGCUUAAUCAAUUGAAAAAAAAAACGCAUAAUGCUUCAAGGUAAAAUUCUGUUGAUGCUGAAUUUAAAAAGAUACUACGGAAUGCGUCAGUUCUCCUGUUGUAUUUUUCUCAGUUAUGAGAGCAAGGCUAUUUUGUCAGUUUAGAUUUCGUGUCUUUUUCUGUCAGUAUGUAUGGCUCCCUAAAGUGUACUAUUAAAAACAUCUUAAAUGAACUAAUCAAACACUUACUGUGUGAAAACUGAAUACUUUAAAAAGCGACCUAAAUUAUAAACUAAUCUUGGAGUAGCACGUAAAUGUGCUGAAGUUAUUUAAAAAACAUAUACUUAGGCAAGAAGUAGAGGACAGCCCCAGAAUGGCUACAAUGAAUGGAAGAAAAGUCUGUAUUCACACAUAUAGCACAAGAACAAGUUUUUAUUAUACAUGGGUUUUGCAGUGAUACAAGACACCUGCUCACAACUUACAGUAUUAAUUUUUUAGAAAGACAAAACAGGUAUAUGGCAUGAGUGAAACAGUUCCCCAUUAAAAGCACUUAAAACCUAUGACAUGGCUAGUAAGAUGUAAAAUAUUAAGUCCCCUUGGGGUCUUGCAAACUUGUAUUUCCUAACAAUUUGGAAGCCAUGAUGAUAGUCUGAAGCUAAAGGAACUCCAAUUUCUUGGUAUGGUACUAAAGAUUCUUGUCUUUUGGGAGAAAGAGCCAAAACAGAAGGGUGUGACAGCAGUGAAUUUCCCCUCCUAUGACAAUAAAGCAAGAGGGCAGAUAAUAUUCAUGAAUGCUUCUCGUGUACAAAAAAUUCCUCCAUCCCAGGAAGGAGAGUAUUGACCAGUUUAUCUGUAAAAAGAAAAUGAAGAGCAAUUUUGGAGAAAUGUAGCUUGUUCAUUCGCCUACAGACUAUGGCUACAAAGCAAUGAAAUGGACUUCUAAAGAGAAAUUGCUCGAUUGCUUUUAUACUAAACGUUAAAUGUAACUAAUGCUAUAGAAAAGUGUUUAGAACAAAUGGAAAUUGUCUAGUGAUAAUGUACAUGAAUCUUGUUUUCUUGGGACUUUCACUCUAUGGUGACAUUUUUUAACUUUCAAAACCUGAAAUGAAAAUUCUGCAGGGCUUGGAUGUGUACAGUCCUACGUUUCUAUAAUGUCUUAAUAGAAAAAUAAAUGACAGGUAACAUUGUUAUAAAUGAAACUCUCAUAUAAAUUACACCAACAUAGCAAAUGGCAUGUGUGAACAGGCCUUCACUACAAAGCACCGACACAGAAUAAUCAGUAUUUUUCCUAUCUCUUUAUUUAUAAAUUCUAACAAACACAUUUAUUUUAUAGACAUGAGAUAACAUAUGCAUUCAUAAUUUGAUUCCACCUCAGGUUGUCUACCCAGAGGAACCACUGCAUUUGGCAAUGCAGAUGAAAUAGCAAACAGGGCAGAUACAGACCCUUGAGUGUCUUCUAGUAGAGAGGUGGACAAGCCUUUUUUUUUUUUUUUUUUUUUGAAAAGGGCAGGUAGCAAAUAUUAGAGACUAUGCAAGCUAAGACAAAAUGAAGGACAUAACUUAGAUACUCAAGGAAACUUUUCACAAAAUUUUUAUUCUAAAAAUUGAAAACUCAAAAUAUCGAGUACAAUUUUUUUUUUUUUUUUUUUUUUUUUUAGCAAUAGAGGUCUACUAAUGGGAAUAAUGGGAUUUUUUGGCAGGGGACGGGAGGUAACAUUUUGCUCAAUUUGGGCUGAAAGUUGGUAUCCCCUCAUUGGAAUAAAUUGAAAAUGUUAAUCUGUUAAUGCUGAUGUGUAAUGAGAUUUCACAUAUUUCAUCUUUGAAAAUCUUUUCACACAAAUAGUUCAAGGUACUGCUAAAUACUGACACAUCCACCCAUGAGCAUGUCAUUUUAGUUAAGCAUAUUCAUCACUUGUAAGGCAUUUGUAGGAUUCAUCUUUUUGGUAUUUGCCCUUUAGCAUGUCAUUCACUCAAGAUGAUUCAUUUCCAACAGAAGAUUAAGAGGAAACUCUUCAAUUGCAGUUAAAUGCUUUUAAAAUUUAAAAAUUUUCUUUGCACUGCAUCAAGGUCCAGAAAACUGCUACAGGAAAAUAUAUCCACUAAAAAUGGAUUUGGCAAUACAGCGCUCACUGUUUUGACUUCUCAUAGCACAGAAAGUAUAUAAAGCAGCUUGACAAUCUUAUUUAAAUUUUAGUUUUUAUUGAAAUGAAUUUACCAUAUUAUGUUGUUGUACCUUGUAAUUUCAGGUCAAAUUCAUUAAGAAACAAACAUUUUCAAGUCUGUGGCAAAAGUUAAUUUCCAAAGUUACCCGGUGUUAAAAAACAGUGGUUGAGGAUGGUUUUUCUCAUUCAGAAAAAUCUCAAUGUCAGCCCAGAGCCCAAAAAAUAAAAAUAAAUCUUUAGCACUGCUAAGCCAUUGAACGCCUGUGUGGCAAAUCAAAUCAGGAUAUUCAGCUUCUGUUUCUCACAAAAAAUUCAUGGAACUGACGAUGGUUAAGUCAAGUCCACAAGAGCAAAUGAAGUUCACUGUUGACCAGUUCAGUAACACCGAUAUUUCCUGCGAAAUACCUGCUGAUGAAUAAUCAAGUGAAUAACUUGAUUAUUACAACUUACAUUUUCACAGGCUUUAAAAUUUGACCAAAUAAACUUUUUUUCUGCUCCAUGCAUUUUUCCCAGCAUCAGUUGCAUCACAUCUUAGUAGAUUCCAGUUCAGGUUGUACUGUUUAUCAACUUUUUUGAAAAUAUUCCCACUUGUACUUCCAUACAAAUUCUUCAGUCACUUCAAAUCCAGCAACGAUUUCUCAAAAAAUAAAGCUAGGCAGUACUGACUAGUAAAAGGCAUAGAAUUAACAGUGUCAUUUGAUGUUGUGUCCAAAAUCCUCAUUCUUCAAACUACUGUUCUCAUCAAUGGGCUGAUGUCUUAAUUUUCUCUGGACACAUUUCUUUGGGUUGGUUACUAUCUUCAAGCAUGAUAUAAUUCAGCAUUAGUAAAUGGUUUUCUUUGCUUGGCUAACAAAUAGGCUACUUGUAAACAUUUUGGUUGCAGCCUCAUUUUUAUUAUUUUUGUGAAAUUUUGCUGUGAUGUUUCAUUUAAAUUUUCUAAUUCUUCUGACUGUUGCUUUCCCACGAGUUGGGAAUAUUGUGAUGUUCGUCUGAUACUGUCAGUCUAUUCUUUUACCAGUUACGGUGUCCCUGCAUUAUAAACACAAUGUACCACCAUAUAAUAAAAUAGUCCAUAUUCCAGUGUGCCUUGGAAGCAUAACAUUCAAAGAUACUUUUCUUUUUCUGAGAUACAGGCCAUAAACUGGUAGCAGAAAAAGUAAUAAAUCUAGCAAUACACAGGGCAUUCCAAAUGCUUUCAGGUUAUAUCUGCAUCACCGUGAUUCUGUAGCUUGCCAAGCGGCAAUGUGAAACAAGACACACAUACACAGGUUCUGUAGCAGCUACUCAACUUUCCCAUUAUAGCAACAAAGUAUGCAUAGAUAAUAUGUAAAUGAUUGUGGCUGCAUUCCAAUAAAAACUUACAGAUACUAAAAUUUGAAUUUCAUGUAAUUUUCAGAUGUCAGGAAAUAGUCUUUUGAUGAUUAUUUUUCCCAACCAUUUAAAACUGAAAGCCAUUUUCAGUUCAUGGGCCACACAAAAACAGGCAUCAAGCUGAUUCUGGCUACGGGCCAUAGUUUGACAACCCUUGCUCUAGUAGAUUUAACAGAAUAUAUGAGUCUGUAAUUAAUGGCUCAGGAACACUAAAAAAAUUAUCAGCCAAGUAUCUUACAUCUAGAACCUAGACUUUACAAACAUUCAGACUGUCUGGAACAAAAUAAAAAAGUAAAACUUAGACCCAGUAAAAGUCAAAAUAUUCCUCUAAGAAAGUUACACUAUACGGGUGCUCAACCUACAAUGAGUUUACAUCUGAAAAAAUACUAAGAUGCAUUUAAUGCAGGCAACAGCAUACAGUCCCCCAAUUUACGAUGUUCAACUUAGAGAUUUUGACUUUGCAAUGGUGCGAAAGCAAUACACAUUCGGUAGAAACUGUAACCCCAUUGUCGGUCCUAAGGCGCUCCUAAACUUUUGAUGGGGUUACCUCUCAAUACACCCACUGUAAAGUUGAAAAAUCAUUAAGUCAAAAGAUAGUAAGUUAGGGAUUAUCUAUACUUUUUAGGGACAGAAGCCAGAACUGAUACAAGUUGUGAGAUUGAGCAACUAUGUGGCUAAUAAAAAGGCAAUCUUUAUCAUUCCUAUUUCAAAUCCAGCAUUGAUUUCUCAAAGAAUAGCUGAGCUAUUCGUUGAACAGAAUUUAAAUAUUAGUUUUCUCAACUAACAAAUCACAAGCAAAAAGAAGCUUCACUUCCUUUUUUACGAAGACAAAAGAAAAGCCAGUUAGAAACUUACUACACUGUGUUAGAUUUUUUAAAAAGCCACAGUUAUACCAAAUGUAUUUACUUUGUGAAGUACAUCCUUCGGAAUAAAUGCAUUCCUGGAAAGGAGAAACAGAAGUCAGUCCUUAGUUAGCUAGUUGAGGUACUCAUAAAGAACAAGAAUAAGCCAACACCUGAAAUGCAGAAAACUCAGAUUGAUUUUUCAAUUAAUGGACUAAUAAUCAUCUAGGGUUAAUGAAGGAAGUUACUGAAUUUUGUUGAUUUGCCCAAAUAAAAAUGAACAAUAUCCCCCAAAUGAGUAUUUCCAAAAGAAAAUCACCAGUCAUCAACAUUUAUAAGAAAACAUUUUGAAGCCUUUAUUUACAAAAGCUUUAAAAACAAUAAUACCCUCUGUUUUGCAAAUAAUGUUUUGUUUAAAAAGGACCACCCAGUUACAGCACUGUAAUAUCAUGAAUAAACAAUGUACAAGGGAGACAAACCAAUGUGACUAACAUUUGGAGAUUUGCUAAUAUUACUGAUUGAAGUGUAGGUAACACACAUUAUAACCUGUAGUCCAUCAUUUCAGGGUGGAGUUAAUGAUUACCAAAAAGUCUUCCUACACAUGCUCUGGUCUGGUCACAUAUUCUGCAUGGCUAAAUAUUUCACAGUCUCUUUUGUCAAUAUAUAUAAAAUAGAUUGCAAAGAUAUACACAAAAAAAUAAACAAGCAUUACACUCCUCAGGUAAUUUUAUUAGCUAUAUAUAUAUAUGAGAAUAUAUAUAUAUAUUUUGUUUUGUACCAAAUUUCUCCAUUAUUUACCUUUAUAGCAAUUAUGAAAGCACAAUUUUUGUCCUCUAAUUUAAUCUGGUACAAAAUAUACCUAAAGACUUAUCUUUGGAUUUUAAUAAAAUUGAUUUGUGUAACCAACAAAUCAAGAGCAUCAUAAGUAUGGCUACAAAAUUU